AUGCUCGUCCUUAAGCUUGCGCUCUGGACUCUGCUAGCGCCUGUCGCAGCGGAGUACCGGAUCAGAGGCUACGAACCAACGUCCAAUGUGGCAAGCUUUGCUCGCAUAGAUAUGGAUGUCUUGGAAAUGGCCGACCACAUGGCGGGCUAUGUCCAGGAUGGCCGGCGACGCACCGAUGCCUCAGAUCCCAACCGGCGUCGA